UCCCACCGGGCGGCUUCGGGAGGCGGCGCGCUGCUCCUUAUUGUUCCUGAAGAAAGCUCGGAUAGCGUCGCACGCGUUUUCCAGCAUUUGUCCAAAUGGCUGCCGCGCAGAACCAGUGUCCCACCUGAGAGCGGAAAGCUUUAGUUCGGGAAACGGGACCGACCGACCGACCGACCGGCCGGCCGCCGCUCGGUGACGGAUAUACCGACAAACCCGACGGAGCAGCCGGGAGAGAGGAACGAGCAGACGGGAAACGGAUCGAGAGCGGGCGCCACCAGCUCCGCCAUGGUUGAGCCGGCUGACGGAGCCUCCGCUACCGGCCAUAGGCUUGGCGCCCCCGAAAGCUUUGGGGUGUCCACCCUGGAGCCUGGUCUGCGGCCACCGACGCAGGCGCCGGGGAGGAAAGUCUCGAUCCGGGUGCAGAUGUUGGAUGACACGCAGGAAGUCUUCCAGAUAUCGCAACGCUCCCCCGGCAAAGUGCUGUUUGACCUUAUUUGCGUCCAUCUCAACCUGGUGGAGGGAGACUACUUUGGCCUGGAGUACCAGGACCAGCGCAAGAUGACGGUGUGGCUGGACCUGCUGAAGCCAACGAUGAAGCAGAUCCGACGGCCAAAGAACAGCAUUCUUCGUUUCGUGGUCAAGUUCUUCCCUCCCGACCACACGCAGAUCAUGGAGGAGCUGACUCAGUACCUGUUUGCGCUGCAGAUCAAGCGCGACCUGGCCUGCGGUCAUCUCAUCUGUAAUGACUCCAGCGCCGCCCUGAUGGUCUCCCACAUUAUACAGUCCGAGAUAGGAGACUUUGAUGAGACCCAGAGCUGGCAGCAUCUCCUCCACAAUAAAUACCUGCCAGACCAAGACGCCAUCCGGGACAAGAUCACCGACUGCCACCGCAAACACGUCGGACAGACCCCCGCAGAGUCGGACUACCAGCUCCUGGAAAUCGCCCGGCGGCUUGAAAUGUAUGGCGUUCGCCUCCACCCGGCAAAGGACCGCGAAGGGACCAAACUCAGCUUGGCCGUGGCCCACACCGGAGUGCUGGUGUUCCAGGGCUACACCAAAAUAAAUGCCUUCAACUGGUCCAAGAUUCGCAAAGUCAGCUUCAAGCGCAAACGCUUUCUUAUCAAGCUGAGAGGUGACCCCGCUCAAAGCGGUCACCACGACACGCUGGAGUUUGCAAUGGCCAGCAGGGACUGCUGUAAAAUCUUCUGGAAGAUCUGCGUGGAGUAUCACGCCUUCUUUCGGCUCUUCGAGGAGCCCAAGCCCAAACCCAAGGCCAUCCUCUUCACCAGAGGAUCCUCCUUCCGCUUCAGCGGCCGCACCCAGAAGCAGAUCAUCGAUUACGUGAAAGACGCCGAGCUCAAAAAGGUUCCCUUUGAAAGGAAGCACAGUAAGAUUCUGUCCGGCGGCGGCGGGAUGCCCCGCCAGGCCUCCUCCCUCAGAUCGCAAGUGCCAAAGGAGAGUGUCACGUCCGUGCCGAUGGAAGGUCUAACGGACCCGGCGGGCUCCAACGGCGAUGGCGGCUCGGACGGCGGGCGGGAGCACCAAGGCGCGGGCUCGCCGUCGGACGAUCGUCUCCUCAAUCCAGGAAGCGCUGCCUCUGAGGCCUCCCCGCUGACCAUUCGGCACCCGCAGGGGAACGCUAACAGCGUUUUGAACGGAGACGUUCCCGUCUGCUUGGUGGCGCCCAGUCGGCUGUCGCCUCUUGCCAGCCCCCUGCUCGGCGAUGCCGGAUACGUUCGCAACGACGACGAGGAGGAGGCGAGGAGGAAGAAGUUUCCCACAGACAAGGCCUAUUUCAUCGCAAAGGAACUGUUAAGCACCGAGCGGACCUACCUCAAAGAACUGCGGGUCGUCACUGAGUCUUUCCAACGCGUUGCAGAGAAAGAUGAAGAAGCGUUUCCGGCCGCUGUUCGAAACCUGCUAUCAGCCAACUACGAUCCAAUCCACAAGUUCCACCAGAGGUUCCUCAAAGAGGUGGAGCAGAGACUGGCGCAAUGGGAGGGCCGAUCCAACGCACACAUCAAAGGAGACUAUCAACGGAUCGGCGACGUCCUCCUGAAGAACAUUCAGAGUCUGAGGCAGCUGACGACUCACCUGCAGAAACAUUCCGAGUGCCUGGUGGAGCUGGAGCGAACCUGUCGGUGCAGUCGCCAGGCGGAGGCUCUGUGCGCCGAACUGGAGCAGCAGAGGGUCUGCUACCUCCCCCUCAACGUCUUCCUCCUGCGGCCCGUGCACCGCCUGCUGCACUACAAACUCAUCCUGGAGAGGCUCUGCAAGCACUACCCACCCACCCACGAAGAUUUCAGGGACUGCAGAGCGGCCCUGGCGGACGUCAGCGAGAUGGCGCUGCAGCUGCAAGGCUCCAUGAUGAAGAUGGAGAACUUUCAAACGCUUCUUGAGCUCAACAAAGAUCUGACCGGCACGGACAAUCUGGCCAUCCCCGGCAGGGAGUUCAUCAGACUGGGCUGCCUCAGUAAGCUGUCGGGGAAAGGCCUCCAGCAGCGAAUGUUCUUCCUGUUCAGCGAUUCCUUGGUGUACACCAGUCGGGGCACGACUCCAUCCAACCAAUUCAAAGUCCACGGGCAGCUCCCCCUCUUUGGCAUGACGAUUACAGAGAGCGAAGAGGAGUGGGGCGUCCCUCAUUCGUUUACACUCUUUGGACAACAGCAGUCGGUGGUGGUGGCGGCCAGCUGCGCAGCCGAGAUGGAGCGCUGGGUGGAGGACAUCAGGAUGGCCAUUGACCUGGCCGAGCAGAGCGACGGCCCCCGCGCGGAUCUCCUCUCCACCAGCCCCUCGGAUAAUAAGCUGCCGGAAGAAGGCGGGGCCGAGCGCGAGUCUGAGGAGGAGCUGCGUGGAUCGCGCUCGUCGCUGGAGCGCCAAGCCCAACGCGCCAACACCACCGUGCACGUGUGCUGGCAUCGCAACACCAGCGUGUCCAUGGUGGACUUCAGUAUCGCUGUGGAGAACCAGCUCUCCGGGAACCUGCUGAGAAAGUUCAAGAACAGCAACGGGUGGCAGAAGCUCUGGGUGGUCUUCACCAACUUCAGCCUCUUUUUCUACAAGUCCCACCAGGACGACUACCCCCUGGCCAGCCUUCCUCUGCUGGGCUACUCCGUCAGCGUCCCGUCCGAGUCGGAGAACAUCCACAAGGACUACGUCUUCAAACUGCACUUCAAGUCCCACGUCUACUACUUCAGAGCGGAGAGCGAGUACGCCUUUGAACGGUGGAUGGAGGUGAUCCGCAGCGCCACAUGCUCGGCCAAUCGCUCGCUGCCAAGCAUCAGAAAAGAACUUUAUUGAUUUUAACACCCCCCCCCCCCCCACCCCAGCACCACCACCACCACCAGGUGAAAUUCUGGAUUCUCAGCUAGCUUUCUCGCCAGAAAG